UUUUUUUUUUUUAUUUUGAACGACGACGACGAACGACCGAGGAAGAAUGUCGUUUAUUUAAAGCAAGGCAGUCUCACUUGAUUCCUCGCAAGCCUUUUGACAAGGAACACAAACCUCAUUGUUUUUAUACAUUGCUCAUUAAAACAAGUCGAUAUGCCUUCCAUUGCAUCCAUGUCACUUUUCCUUUUGCCGGCCCUGGCUAUCAUUGCCCCCCCGGCCACUGCCAUCCCACAGCCAAUUGCCAACAUUGAGCUGCCACAAAACUGCACUGCUCCCACUCCGCACACUUGCACUUUUUACGCAUCCUGCCUUGAAGUAGCUAUUCCAUGUGGACCUGACGGCUAUGCUCUCGGCUAUGGAAACAAGUUUUGCUCCAAAUUUCAAGCUAGUGCUGACAAGUUUACGGAUGCUGGAGAACAAUGGAUGUACAAUGUCAUGUCUUGUCUUCAACAUAGCCUCGUCCCCAAACUUCCAAACAACUCGACAAACUCACCAAAACCAAUGUCCUGCUCUGAACUCAAAUCAUUCGCUUACGGCACUCACCCCAACUGCUAUCUCUCGGCGGGCGUCUGCACACUAGCUCCCAAAGAUUGGAUCGUCCUUCUGGAAGUAAUUGGCAUUCAAGAACUCUUUACCAUUGAAACUAUUGAGCAAGCCUUGGCGGUUGCCAAGGGUUGCGGAAAGGAGUAUAUCGAAAUUGUGAAAGAGAUUUUGCACAAGCACAAGAAGGGGAAGCUUCAAGCGGCUGCUGUAUAGGCAUCUGCACGCGAACAGUCAUUUAUUCGAGUUGGAUAUCUCUGUGUGUGAUAACUUUUAUACCUCAUUGUACCAUUCAGGGGCAAUAGAAAUAGAAUACAUGUUUCUCUGGA